GUGUGGCUGGCGCUCCAGGCCUGCUUCAGUGACGACAAACGCGGAGACAUCAUGCGGUUACUCGGCUAUCCACAGGCGCCCCCCGCCCCCUCACCCGAGCCCACACCCACAGGCAUACACACACAUCCCUACGCAAAUACCCAAGACGCUCAACGAAUGGGUAUGGCCCAGCCAGACUCUGGGCGUAUUGACGAUAAUGCGCCUGUGAGUCGAGUGGGCAGUGUGGUGGAAGGGGCCGAGGCCUCGCCGGCCCAGG